AUUACUGGAUUGAUCUCAAACACAAGUCUGCAUAUUUAGGUUGAUGUGAAAAUGGCCUCCUCUGUUCCUGCUCAUGAAAAACAAAAGGGCGGUUCCACUGAGGCUGUGCCUGCAUGGGAAUUUCUAUUAUUUCCAGCUGCAGAUGGAAACUAUUACGGAGUCCCUGAUGAGCUGUAGAGUGGAGUGAGGGGUGUUGCACACACACAAAACACACACACACACACACAAGCUGAGUCACUCGCAGAAGAUAAAAGACACCCUGUUGGCCAGCAGCAGUGGUUCUCUCCCUCCCUCCUUCUCUUUCUCUCUCCCUCUGUACUAUACCAAGAAGACCUCUCUACUCGGCCUGCGCUGCACUGAUCUGUGGAUACUUUGGCAUCUGCACAAAGACUUGGACGUCAGAGACUAUCCACGACCAUAACAGAUGACAUGAAGUCUCAGCAUCGUGUGGAAGUCCGGGACCAUCUGAACGGCUCUUGUAUCGUCUUCUCUGAUGAUGGUCCCUCCUCCAGUCAGCAGCAUCACCUGUCCCCUCCAGACCUGACCCAGGAGGUGGUGGUCAUCUCCCCGGGGCUCCCCACCCCCCCUCUCAGCCCCUUCCGUUCCACAAGACUGCCACCUGUGGAGCAAAUUAAGGUCUCAGAGGUCAAUGGGAGUGGCCCUCUUACUGACCCCCUUCGUUUUGGAUCAUACUAUGGCCCUGCUCAAUCAAAUGGGGGUCUGUCUAAUGGAGUCCAGACCAGGGACUCUUUCACUCUGCCGCGGAGGGCUGCUACGAGGGAGGAGCGCCUUAUCAAAUUCUCUGGGAUCGGCCCAGUGGAUGAGACAGGGAUGCCCAUCGCCUCCAGAUCAAGUGUGAACCAGCCCAAAGACUGGUACAGGAGCAUGUUCAGACAGAUCCACAAGAAGCCAGAAGAAACUGACGAGGACUCUGAGCGAUGGUCUGCUGAAAGGAGCCGGGCCCUCGCUGCUGACUCAGCCAGUGGGCAGGAGACUCUGACCCACAUGGACAAUUAUGGAGCCCUCCCUGACUGGAGUGAGCUGGGGGUUAAAGAUAAGCUUUCAGACCGAUGGGGGCACCCUCCACAGCCCAGGAGCAUAUUUGACUUUGAGCCUGGACAGAGCACCACAUCAGAGGUCCAGAGUCAGCCUCAGGGUCAGCCAGGGCAGAAGCCCCAGCCGCCUCCACUACAGCCGUCCCAGCAGCCGCCCCAGCACAGACCUACAGAGGAACCCUGGUCCCCCAUAGAGAAGCCGUCUAAGCCAUCCGCCUUCGAGGAGUCUCUGCUCUCUGAGCUGAGCUGUUUUGAGGCUGAGCUGGACUCGGACAUCCAGGGUCUGGAGAGAAGACUUUCCCAGAAGAAGCAGACACGACGAGGCCGGGGUGAGGGUGCCAGGAAUGCUGAUCCAGGAACUGCUGCAGGGAAAGGGACAACACGGGACAACAGCUCCUUGACUGAUGCAAAGCAACCUCUCCAUCGUCCCAUUGUCCCCACAUCAGCUGUUGCUCAGAGGGCAGCCCUCAGUCCCACACAUGUAGAACACCUCUCCCCUGCACCUGAAGCCAUGGAGUUCCCACCCAAGAGAUUGGAGAAGCAGAUGAAAGCAGCACGAGCCAAGUUCACUUUCCAGGCUCAGUCACCCAAGGAACUGUCUCUACAGAAGGGGGACAUAGUUUACAUCCACAGGCAGGUAGACACCAACUGGUUUGAAGGAGAGCAUCAUGGGAGAGCCGGUAUCUUCCCCACAACCUAUGUGGAGAUUGUUCCUCCUACAGAGAAGCCCACACCCAUCAAGUCUCCAACCAUCCAGGUGCUGGACUAUGGAGAGGCAGUGGCUCUGUUCUCCUUCAAUGCAGACCUGCCUGUUGAGCUGUCCUUCCGCAAAGGCGAGGUGAUCUGUGUGACCAGGCGUGUGGAUGACAGGUGGCUGGAGGGCCGGAUCCCAGGGACCAGCCGGAGUGGCAUCUUCCCCACCAACUACGUCCAGGUUAACAAGUUACCCCGCACCAAAUCAUCCUCUGAUGACUACCCUGCAUGCCCCAUGUCACCCACAUCCCCAGAGCCAAUGAGUCCAGGACGCCCUCUACACUCACCUUGUUCGCCUUUGACCCGCUCGCCUCUGAGUCUGACCCCCUUGUCCCGCAGCCCCGAACCAGGAUAUCCCCCCCUGAAGCCGUCCUCACCCAUACCCCAUGGGACUGUAGCUUCCCAUUCACGUUCAUCCCCCCAGCCCACACUAUCCAAAAAAGCACCCAAUCCCUGGCCACACCCCGCUUCUGGGCCUGCAUUCCCCACCACCCAGAACAACCACUGGGGAGGAGCACACCCGGCUUUGCACAACUCCAUUGGCAGAGCUGUUUCACCAUCCAAUCAGAUAUCACCAUCUGCCCACAGGGGAGGAGCAGCCCCGACCAAUAUCCCCAAACCACAAACGACCAACAAUGCUGGCUCAACAGUGAUGCAGCACCAACCAUACAAAGCAGUUUACAACUACAAACCACAGAACAAAGAUGAGCUGGAACUGAGAGAGGGGGACAUAGUACAAGUGAUGGAGAAGUGUGAUGAUGGCUGGUUUGUAGGUAUGUCAAAAAGGACACAUGCCUUUGGGACUUUCCCAGGGAACUAUGUGACACCAGUGUAACUGCUUCACUCUGCCUGUCCACUUCACAACCACUUGGGUGCUGGACAUAUUUAGACCAGCUUGCUUUAACCAGCACAUCAAAUCACUCCAGCAGUCAUAUGAUCAACCCCUGACCCCAACACUCCCUGUCCUCCCCCUUUCACCAACCUGGUUAAGUCAGGUCUGCAUGUUCACGUCAGCCAGUGACCACAGCUGUUGGCCAGUGUGGCGAUGGAGGCAGGAAGACCGUGUUGUUUUGACACCUCACCCCCAGCAUGUGUGUUUCAUCACUGAAUAGACUUGGAGUUUUCACAGACACUGUUUGAUUCGGAUAGAAUGAAUGCUGAUGAUGAUACUGUUCCAGGUGUAAAGAAAUAACUUUGUCCUCAUUGACUACAAUCAUUUAUUAUGGCGACAACUCAAAUGACAUUCCUCCAGUACAUUUAAGCUACUGCUUUUAUACAGCAAUGGACCUCCUGCUAUCCUCUUACGGAGUGUUCUCCUUAGCACGCACCUGCUCCUCUUUCUGUCACCCAAGUGCCAUCACAGACGCAAAUGCCAGAGAAUAUCAUUAAUCUGAUGUUCUCUAUAGCGUAAUGACAGCAUGAAUGUUGCCUUUGAAAUGUCUUCCUCCACUUUGAUUUCAGAUCUAUAAAAACGUCCUGUGUGUCCAAGGCUCCACCACAACACUGAUAUGACCGUCCAAUAUUCAUGAAGUGAUCACUUACUCUAUUAUUUUGAACAAUGCCAUAAAAUAUUUGUUACUUGGUUCUGUUAAAAACAAUUGUUAAAGCCUGUAUAAGUACUGUAUGCAGCAGAGCAAACAAUGUAUUCAUGUCCUUCAGUGUGUUAUUGUUAGCUACUUACGUAUUUAAUGAAGCACACAGGUAAUGAUUCAGCCAUUUGUGCAGUUUGUAUUUCUGUUGAGAACAGGAAGUGUUGAGUGUCAAAGUGGAAGUUGAAUAAAAUGGAAGAGAAGAGGAGGUAUUUUUAUAAAAUCUGUAGACAUAACCCUCAAAUGAAUGCCACAUGGAAAGUCUUGACAAAACAGAAGUGGAGCUACAGGGAAAGUCUUGACAAAACAAAGUGGAGCUACAUGGAAAGUAUUGACAAAACAGAAGUGGAGCUACAUCAAUUGUAUCAAUUCAGUGGAACCUCUGCCAUUUUUAGGCCAUGACCCAUGAGAUAACAAAAAGAGAUGCCUCAAUUUGCUUCACUUUGGAGCACAGAUCUUUUCUAAAACAAGAAUCCUACAACUUCAAACCCACAAUGGUGUUCAAACAUUUCAGAAGGACAGAACAGUAAAAUGGACCCAUAGAUUGAUUCCUAGGCCUACUGUACAUUUGAUUUGGUAGUUCAUUUCCACUGAAAACUGUUUCUAUAAUCUGCCGCUUUGCAAAUUAACAAACUUGCUUUUACCUAUAAAUUAAAAGAGCUAAUCGGAUGUGUGCAUACAGUACAAGUGUAACCAAUGGAAAAUAUAAUAUGGUAAGCAAUUAAGCAGUCCUUUCAUUUAUGAACUUUUACAAACCCCUAUUAUGAUGUUGCCAACUGCAAUAUUGCUCUGCUUUGUUCAUUCUUACCAUUGUAAAACUGCAACAUACUUUUUCUAGCAACAAAAUGUACAGGGUUUUAACUAUGUAUCAGAUAAAUAUAAUAUAUUUCCUUUAAUACCAAGCAAUUUUCAUUAACUAUGAUACACACUAUAUAGUUCAAAUAAACCAUACAGAAUGAUGAUAAAACUG